CUCGCACAUCCAGCAGCCAGCACUGUUACUGUAAACCUGCUGACCGGAGAGAAACGCGCACAGAGGAUCUACAAUUAUUUUCAUAAAAAAAAACUUUAAUUUAAAUUUGUGUCUCUUCUUAGCACAGAACUAUUCCAGGGAAAAUGGAAGAUUUGGGAAAAGUGUUUCCAUUAAACCACAGGUCUCCAGUCAUGUCUGACUCCUGGGUAAAGUGGAGCGGAACGUUUGGGCGCGUAAUUGGACUCUGUGCGUGAAACGGAACAAAAGGGUCUACGAUGGUUUUGGCUUUAUUCUAACUAUGGGCGCGCACAUUCUGGAGACCAACUCCAGCGGCAACUUGACUCCUGCUGUGUCCGAGGCUGGGACUGUCCUCCCGGGCUACCUGGCGGUGAUCUUAUCGGUCCUCAUGGUGACACUGGUUGUCGUGGUGGUGGCUGGGAACGCGCUGGUCAUCAUGGCUUUUAUUGUGGAUAAAAGCCUGAGAAUCCAAAGCAACUACUUCUUUCUGAACCUGGCUAUAUCUGAUUUUCUCGUGGGUGCCUUCUGCAUCCCACACACCAAUCUCUAA